CAACAGACUGACCUCGGCGAGUUGGCUCACUUGCUAACUAAUGUACGCAGGUGAGUUCAUUCGUAAGAAGCACUGUAUAGAUUAGAAGAUUAUUUGAUGCAAUAUAAUGCCCACCAGUAAUUCUUGCGAUACCAUUCGGGCGAAGACAGGGCAAGAAAUCAGCUCCUUCAAUCUACAUGUUAUUGCCUAAUGCAAUGACAGGGGCAAGAUGAUUAGAAAUCGUGGCUUUGGGUCAUUGCCGCUUGUACAACUAUGACCAACGGACAAGAAUAUGGUUGUUAUACCCAUAAGCGAUCACCCAGUGAUGCUCUCAGCAGCAUUCCUUUGGUAGGGAUACAAUCCUCAUCAAGAUUUACUUAAGAUCCUAUGCGUCAGGACCCCCGUCACCGGUUAGACUAUCCCAACGCAUCCCCGCAUCCCCGUUCUCACUUCUCGGAAUUAUUCAGCUUAUACGCUACAUGUGAGUUGUCACCCGGUGGUGACUGCUUUUAGAACCUACGAAAACAAUGUCAAGCACUGAAGUCUGGGACACAAUUAAACCUCUUCUAUCAACUAUAUUGAAAAUCGAAAAAGAGGCUGUAUCAUAACCUGUAUAGGCAUUUUUCUUACCUACUUAUCUCCCGCUUUCGGAAAAAUCUGGGAUGAUGAAUUCCGGCGACACGCAAACCGCAACUCUUGAUCCUAACAAUGUCAAAACCACCCUCAGUAUCUGGUGGUCACAACGACCCCAAGACGCCACCCAAAGUUAUCACAAGACGUCGUGGCGCCUGUAGGAGCUGUAAACAUAAGAAAAUUCGCUGUAACGGAGGAACUCCUUGCUCCGCAUGCGACCGGAUUGGCUCAACGUGUCAUUAUGAGCCUAGAUCAAGGAAAACUUCGGACACGCGCGAGCUCAGUCUACCAGCACCUGUUUCGAACAGGCCGGAACACGACAGAGAUCGCCCCCCGAGUUCUACGGAAAGUGACGGCCUCGAAGAUACAAGUGGCCCGCAAAGCUUGUCACUUGUGGGCUCGUCACCCGCGAUGUUCUCCCUCGACACGAAUAUAGACUUUUUGUUUCCAUCUGGUACAUUCUCAUUUCCAACCCCAACCGAAGACCUGGCCAUCUCGCAACCAAGAGACUACCCUGCAGCCGAGGGGAUAUUGGGAGCACAAUAUCCCAUAAACGACUCGGCAAUAUCUUCAUCAACCAUGCCACUAGAGCUUGAAACAGGCAGAAGUACUGCCACAGACAGCGCCUGCACUCUGUCCUCACCGUGGACUACACUUGAGCGGCGAAUAACCAAAGUGGCUGAUCAUAUCAUACAACCCCUGAAGGGUUUACCAGAAUAUUGCCGAGUAGAUGCAAAUAUUGACUAUCGCUUGACCACGUCCUUCGGCUUAGCAGAGUUACCUGCACCGCAACGGGACUCGCGCAAACACCUUGAAACCUGCCGCAUAUUACGAAGCCUAACAAAAUCUCAUUUUCCCGCUAAUAUUCCUAAGCAGAAUAUUAUGCAUGGUACAGUUUCACUUACCAAGAAUGCACACGAUGGAAUUAUUCAGCGAUGUGUCGAAGCUUGUUUCAAGAAUAAUGUUGAAAUUCCUACAUUCCUGCGUAAGACAGAUGUGGUCAAGAAAAUUUCAGAGGUACGCGAAUCCUCACAUCCUGAUGUGUUAUUAUCGUUGUUCAGCGACGCCAUCAUCACCAUAGGGCUUAAUGUGUUGCGCAACCCCGCCGAAUUAGAGGGGCUUCCCUCGAUCGAUAGCCAGGAAUAUGCCCAUUCUCACUUGGACGCUCUCGCCAACUUGCAGGGAUUACCAAGUAGCCUCCUAAAGCUUCAAACAAUCAUCCUGCUUAGCAUCAUCGCUUCCAGUAUCAACGAUUCCAGACUAUGCGAGAUCUUGUCAAUAGGAGUCAAUUGCGUCCGAGAAUUACAGUAUACCAAUUCAGUCAUUGUACGGAGGACUUUCACAAACGUAGAGGAUCAGAGACUCGUCAAACGUUCUGUUUGGGUUCUGUAUUACCUAGAGACUACUUUUUCUGUCCUUCGUGGUUUACCUCCGCUACUCCACUCCGACUUCAUUGAUCAUCUUCCCACAGAGCCUAACCACCCAGAGGAAGACACAUUAAUCAUCCAAGUCGCUGCGGCCUCAUUGCUGGCGCGUAGUCUUAGUCGUGUGUACACCCGCCCAGUAUCAGCGAAGACGACAGAAGAGCUACAAGCGUGCAUUUCUGACUUGGUGCGCUGGCGCGGCUGUUUAUCGGAUCCCACAAAGCAACUCACAGCAGGCCGGGGGUUCGAAAAGCGGCUGUGUGGAGAUGAAGAUGCCGGAGCGAAGCUGCAAAUCUUUUGCUCGUACCACGAGUGCGUUUACCUCUUAUUUGCACCGUGGCUCAAACCCCUCGUAGAAUCGAUAUCGCCGCCACAGUCUUCGCCCAUUCGAGAUGGCGAUACGUUACUCAAUAUGGAUGUUGGGGCUGAGUCUGCAACGGAUCGUCGGGUCGUCCUAGUCGACACUCUAGAGAAAUGUCUUGAAUCGGCUUACACUAUUGUUUCUCACGCUAAUGAGAUUGUUUCGCUGGACAAGACACUGGCCAGGCGCCUGCGCGGCUUAAUGAUUAUCUCUGUAUGCGUAAUCACCUACGGCAUCCAGUAUGGAGACGCGGAUACGAAAAAAGAGUCUCUGACUUAUCUAGGAAUUUGCUGUGGAACAUUUGGUGGCAUGUAUUUGGGCGACAGCUCGCUGCCAUUCGAAGAGAUACUAGAUCUAGUCAGAAUAAUACGAUCGGAUAGUUGAUCAAUCACUAAAUGUGAGAUUCGCCACUGUGUUCGGACAUAUCUAAAUA